AUGGGUUGCGUGUCGUCGCGAGAUGCUUCGCAUGAGGCAGGUCUUCCCAAAAGCAAACUAUCUCAGCAAAAAGAAGCUGCCAGCUCAGCAUUGGUCGCACCACAGCAGCCUUCUCCGUCCACGGAACCACCCAAAGCCGAACUAUCCAGAGCCGAGCCACCGGCGGCACUCGCGUCGGACGCACGAGGAGUAUUAGGAGCGGCAGUAGCAUCGACAGGAGCUUCGGGAACAGCCGGAGCAUCAGGAAACUCGGGAGUUUCAGGAGCCUCGGGAGCGCCAGGAGCCUCGGAAAUAUCAGGAGCUUCGGGAGUGUCAGGAGCUUCGGGAGUGUCAGAAGCCUCGGGAGUGUCAGGAGCCCCGGGAGUACCUGGAGCCUCUAAAACAUCAGAAGCCUCGGGAGUCUCAGGAGUCCCGGGAGUAUCAGGAGCCUCGGGAGGAUCAGGAGCCUCGGGAGUAUCAGGAGCCUCUGGAGUGUCAGGAACCCCUGGAGUAUUAGGAGCUUCGGGAGUGUCAGGAGUCUCGGGAGUAUCAGGAACAUCGGGAGUAUCCGGAGUCUCUGGAGUGUCAGGAACCUCGGGAAGCUCCGGCAGCCUGCUCAGCUCCGGAGGCGCCGGGUCGUCCACAGGCAGCGGGGGACGCGGGCGUUCAUUGGAGCCGCCUGCGGAUCUCACCAUCCCACGGCUGACAGAGGACGAGAUCAAAUGUGUGACUCGCAAUUUCUCCACCGUGCUGGGGGAGGGUGGUUUCGGGAAGGUGUAUAAAGGCGAGAUGCGGCCGUGUGGUGCUAGCCCCAACGGCCCUUGCAGAUGCCCCCAUGAGUCCCGCGAGGGAGGAGGAGGCGCGGGUGAGAGGGAUGCGGAUGGGAGCGGGGGUGGUGAGGGUGAAGGAGGAGGCGGGUCGAAGCCUGGUGCCGGUCGGAUGGUUGAGAGGGACGCUGGUGGUUGCAAGCCAAUUCCUGUUGCAGUGAAGGUUCUUGCGCCGCACAGCUUUCAGGGCGAUUACGAGUUUAUGACGGAACUGGUGACGUUUGGGGCGGUGAGGCACGGCAACAUAGUGGAGCUGCUGGCGUACUCGCCGCACCCCAGCAAGGCGCUCGUUUACGAGUACAUGCCCAACGGGGACGUGCACGCCCUGCUCUCCCGUUGCAAGAAGGGCGAAGCAACGUUCCCGUGGGCGGCGAGGCUGAAGGUGGCGCACGAGGUGGCGCAGGCAGUGGCGUUGAUGCACUCGCUGCGCUACAUCCACCGCGACCUCAAGGCCAGCAACGUGCUGCUCACCCAGGAUUUCACGGCCAAGGUGGCGGACUUUGGGCUGGCCAAGGGCAUAGCGGACUGGCGCUCGCACGUCACAACCAGAGUCGUGGGCUCCUUUGGCUACAUGGACCCCAUGUACUACCUCUCAGGCCACGUGCAUGCUAAGAGUGACGUGUACGCGUUUGGAGUCUUCCUCGUCGAGCUCCUUACAGGGAAAUCAGUCCUCCAGGACAGCAUUCACGAGGACCUGAUCCCCACGCUGCUGCACCACGACCACCCCGACCUCGCCCUCCUUGUCGACCCCGCCAUCGCCCCCGAGUGCCGCCGCAAGGACGCCCUCGCAGUGGCCUACAUCGCCAAGUACGCGCUGAUUAAGGAGUGGGACGCAAGACCGAGCAUGCAGUCUGUUGCUCAGAAGAUCGGGAACGUGGUCAAAUGGCAGAAGUCCCGUGCUGAAGCUGCUGCUGCGGCGGAGGAGGGGGGAGUGGGGAAAGAGGGUGCGGGGGAAGGAAAAGGGGCAGCUGGGGAAGGGGCGAAAGGAGAGGUUGGAUCUGAGGUGGUGACUGAUGGAGGUGGUCAGGAGACGCGUGGUGCUGCUGAGGCUUCUGGUGCUGAGAAGUCCCGUGCUGAAGCUGCUGCCGCUGCGGAGGAGGGGGGAGUGGGGAAAGGGGCGGCAGUGGGAGGGGAAGCAGGGGGAGGGGGAGCAGGGGGAGGGGAGGGAAAUGGGGUAGUUGUGAAUGCGGCGAAGGGAGGGGUUGGAUCAGAGGAGGUGGAGAGCAAGGAAGGUGGUCCUGGGACAAAUGGUGCUGCUGAGACUCCUGGUGCUACUGCUGUUGCUGAGGUUGGGAGUGUGACUUGA